AUGGCGACGGUAAUCCCCCUCUCAAACUUCACCUUCUUAAACUACGCCAAGCCCACACCCACUCUCCCAACCUCCCUCCCCUUUACCUUAUCUACGGAGCCGGUGACAGACCUCUGGCGCAAGCCCUCAAACCUAAUCGCCUCCAACCAGCCAACCCUCUACACCCCGCUACUUCUAUCGACAUUCGUUAGCGCAACGGCCAGCUUCCGCGCGGACUGGAAAACACUGUACGACCAGGCCGGCCUAAUCCUGAUCUUCCCGCACUCCCGACCCGCGGAGGCUUCGGCGGAAUCUCCGCUAGGAUUGCCAGACGAGCAUCCUCCAGCGUGGAUAAAGUCCGGCAUCGAAUUCGUCAAUGGUAUCCCGAACAGGGGCACAGUUUCAGCGCCCUUCAAUUCGUGGGCAGAUUGGUCACUUGUGCCGAGUCGUGAUGCCGAGGUUUCCAUCACUUUUGAGAGGGAGGGCGCGGUAGAUGGGGGGCAGUUGGGGACCAGUUUACAGAUAUUUUUGGUGGACGGAGAGGAGAAGAGGAAGACUAUGGUAAGGGAGGUUACGUGGGUUUUUGAGGAGGAGCUUGUGAAAUGUGGCACUGUGGUUUGGGUUGGUGUUUAUUUGGCGAAGCCCACCAGGGAUGGGGAGGGGGAGGGCCAAGGGGGGAGACUGGAGGUGGAGUUUGAGAGUGUGGAGGUUAUUGUUCGGUUGUAG